GAUCGGAGUGGCAAUAUAAAAAGGUGCGGUGGGUGUGGGUAGCUAGCUAUAUAUAUAGAGAGAGAUGAGUUGAAUACUUAUUAUAAUUUUGUGGUAGACUUGCUUGAAUUGCAGAGAGGAUCGGAUCGGAAGAAAAACAAAUAUAUAUAGAAGAAAGAAGCGAGGUAUCCUAGCGGAUCGGAGGAAAUAAAAUCAAUGGGGAACUGCCAAGCCAUAGACGACAACUCAAGUCUGGUAAUACAACACCCUGGCGGGAGAGUAGAGAAGCACUAUUGGCCUCUCUCCGCCACCCAAAUCAUGAACACCAAUCCCGGCCACUAUGUCGCUCUUCUCCUUACUACUACCACCACCGCCACCAACAAUACCAAAAAUAAUAUCCCGCCACUUCGGAGGAUUACACGUAUUAAGCUCCUCAAGCCAACAGACACUCUUGUUCUUGGACAUGUUUAUAGACUAGUAACCGCUCAAGAAGUAAUGAAGGGGUUAUGGGCAAAGAGGCAUUCGCAGCAGCAAUUAUCAUCAUCAUCAUCGUCAGGGCCGGUUAAGAAGCAUGAAAAAUCAACUACUUAUUCAGAUUCAUCAAACACAAGAGUAGUUAACUACGUUGGAAGAUCUGAGGUAGUGCACAAAACCCCCCAGCUGCUGCAGCAGCAUGUAAAGCAUGAAAGGAGGCAUAGGUCUUCUUCUUCUGCAGCAGGAGCAGGAGGAGGAGGAGGCAGAUGCAAAGGCGCAUGGCAACCCUCACUACUGAGCAUCUCCGAGGCCGCCGCCGGAGUUAGCUAGCUAGCUACCUCAUUAAUUACUUCCACAUACAAUUUCAAUUACAGUUACUUACUUAGUUUCUUUAUUUUAAUUUGUACCAGCAGAUCAGAUUCAUCACAUCAAUAUAUAUUCUGUAAUCUAUCUAGCU